AUGAGGCCUGUCCAGCCUUCCUACCUUUUGUGGUGCCUUCUCGUACUCACUGCUGACCUGGCUGCAGAUCUGACACCAAGGGUGACCGUCCGGAGUGGGGACGCAAAUAGGUUCAUCCCCUCUUUCAGCCAAGACGGGGUUCUGAACUACGAUACUUUCCUCCUGAGCGAAGAUGGGGAGACGCUUUACGUGGGAGCCAGAGACACCAUCCUUUCGCUCGAUAUCAGAAAUUCCUCCCCUGUCAAGCUGAAGGGUUUGGUACCAUGGAAGGCCUUGCCUGAGAAAAAGGAAGAAUGUGUUUUUAAGCAGAAAAGCCUCGAGACAGAUUGUUUCAACUUUAUCCGUGUCCUAGUGCCGUUGAACAACACGCACCUCUAUACCUGUGGGACGUAUGCUUUCAGCCCCACCUGUACCUAUGUUAAACUGGAUAAUUUCAGCCUGGCUACUGAUGAAAACGGACAGCCCCUCUUCCAGAAGGGGAAGGGCCUCUGCCCCUAUGAUCCUAACUAUGAUAAUACUGCCAUUGUUGUUGAUGGAGAACUUUACACAGGUACUAUGAACAACUUCCAAGGCAGUGAGCCCAUCAUCACCCGCACCCUGGGCAACAGAGGAGUGCUGAAGUCCGAUUUCUUCUUUACCUGGCUGAAUGCCGAUGCGGCUUUCGUGGCCUCGUUCAACAUCCCAAGUCCCCCGGAGGACGACGACAAGGUCUACUUCUUCUUUUCGGAAACGGGCGAGUACGACUUCUUCGACAAAAUGAAGGUUUCCAGAGUGGCUCGUGUGUGCAAGAACGACGUUGGAGGAGACAAAGUGCUGCAGAAGAAAUGGACCACCUUUCUGAAAGCUCAGCUCUCCUGCUCCCACAAGGGGGAGUUUCCAUACAACGUCAUCCAGCACGUUAUCGCUGUCCCGCAGAAGGGAGGCGGUACUCUUUUCUACGGCAUCUUUGCUUCUCAGUGGUGGAGGGGAAAUCUGCGGAGCUCGGCGGUCUGCGUCUUCGACUUCGAGGCCAUCAAACAAGCCUUUGAUGGGAAAUUCAAGGAGUUCAACAAGGAUUGCUCGCAAUGGAUGACCUAUAACGGGCCGGCAAUUGAUCCCCGCCCGGGCAGUUGUUCGGUUGGCCCUUCUGCAGACAGAGCCCUGACGUUCAUUAAAGAACACUUCCUGAUGGACGAGAAGAUUUUGCCCGACCAAAACCAGCCUCUCCUGGUGAAGCAGAAUGUCCAAUACACUCGGAUUACGGUCCACCAGACCUCAGACAUUGCUGGGGAUCCGUACGUUGUGAUGUUCUUGGGGACAGAUGAUGGUUUCCUUCACAAGGUAGUCAUUAUUGCCACGCAACCUCACAUCAUCGAAGAGAUACAGUUGUUCAAGGAGCCUGAACCUGUUCGGAAUAUGCUGCUCUCCCCUGAAAAGAGCAUCCUUUAUGUGGGCUAUUCUAAAGGCGUACUGCAAGUACCGCUGGCCAACUGCAGCAUGUACGGGAGCUGCUUGGAGUGUGUGCUGGCACGAGAUCCCUACUGUGCCUGGGAAAGACAUCACCAAAAAUGCUCUAGAGUCCAAGAGGUGGAGGACCCAAGUAACUGGCUGCAGGACAUCAAGAUCGGGAAUGCCAGUCUCAGAUGCCAAGGCAAGAACAAACGCUUCCGAACUUGGAUGAGGUCUCCGAACGACUCUGACAACGGAGUUGUAACAACUUUGACCUCUUCGUUGAACUCCAUGGUACGGCUGACCUGUCCUCACACUUCCGCCCUGGCCAGCUACAGUUGGAACUAUCCAGCGGAGGAGAAGGCGGAAGGAUUGGUCGUGGAAGACAACAACGUCCUGAUCGUUAUUGUCCAGAGGGCCUCCCUGGGCAUAUACGAGUGCUUGUCCAAUGAGAACGGGUACCAGCAGGUGGUGGCCAGGUACCGCGUGCUCACCCCGAAGUACCCCGACAUCCUGGGCAACAGCUACAAAGAUGGCAUCGCCGAGGAGGGCCUGCCGCACCAGGCCAUGCCAGCAGGCAAGCAGAAUUCUUACUGGGUCCAGUUUGUGACUGUGACUGUGCUCCUGUCGAUGACCUUAGCUAUCACCGCGGCUUUCGCUUUCUUCACUUACCACGACCGGCUGAAAGCCAAGAACAAAGUUCAGGGGUCCAAUGCCCCUGAAGGCGGCAGAGCGUCUGGGCAACAGAAGAGCCUCCUGAACAACUCCCCGAGCGCCCCGCAAGGCAACGAGUACCAGAUGCAGGGCCCCCAGCAAGAAGGGGCCGCUAAUGGUUCCAAACACUGCUGCGUGCAGCCGGAGGGAGCUUUUCAAGUGAUCGACGUCGACAACAAUCGCUUGAACUCCUCCUUGCUGAAUGGGGACGACUCCAAGAAGGCCGUGGCGGUGGGCGGGAGCCUGGCUUGAUUUGGC